AUGGGUGGCUCACAACAAGGCGAUCAGACCAACGAGGCUGACGGAGAUACUCCUCUUGAGACUGAUCCCACAGGAAGAUUUCAGCGCUUAAAUGAAAUCUUGGGCGAAGGUGCUUACAAACACGUCUAUAAAGCCUUCGAUCAGGAGGAGGGCGUUGAAGUGGCCUGGAAUCAGCUUCGUAUCGACCAUCUUACAAAGAAGGAAGCUCAAAAGAUUCUCUCCGAGAUUGAGAUUUUAGAGUCCAUCCGUAACGAGCACAUUAUCAAUUUUCUAGCCUCCUGGUCUACCAAGGCUCCAAACGGUGGAGAGCGCGUUGUUUUUGUAACCGAGCUCAUGUCUUCUGGAACACUGAAGCAGUAUCUCAAAAAGACACUUAAAGGUCCAUUAAAGCCUAAAGUCCUCAAGUCAUGGUGUCGUCAAAUCCUUCAGGGCCUUGUCUAUCUUCACACCCAUGAUCCUCCCAUCAUUCAUCGAGAUCUUAAAUGCGAUAAUAUUUUCAUCAAUGGCAACAACGGACAGCUUAAAAUCGGAGACCUUGGACUUGCAGUCGUGCGCCAUCGAACCCAUGUCUCCUCUGUCCUGGGUACUCCUGAAUUUAUGGCGCCAGAGCUCUAUGAUGAAAAGUAUGACGAGAAAGUUGACAUUUAUGCCUUUGGCAUGUGUGUCACAAAGGAAUAUCCGUACUCCGAGUGCACAAACCAGGCUCAAAUUUAUCGCAAGGUCACCAAAGGCAUCAAGCCGCAGUCGCUGGAUCAUGUCCAAGAUGAAGAAACUCGUGAGUUCAUUAACCGUUGUCUGGAUCAUGAUGAUCGUACUCGUCCGUCUGCCCAGGAACUACUUGACUCGGAUUUUUUG